GUUACAAAAUUUGGCACAACCCACAAGAAAAUCCAUGUCCUGAUUCACAACGGCAAACCCAUUUCUGAAUCUCUAGUCAUCCUCGAGUACAUCGAAGACAUAUGGAAGAACAACAACCAACACCCACUCCUCCCCGAAGAUCCUCAUGCCCGAUCCACUGCCCGAUUCUGGAUGAGAUUCGUCGAUGUAACAAUAAACCAAAAUCGAAUCUCCUUUCCCCCGUUUCUGAUUCGAUCAGUCUGUCUAGCUGAUUAUAUUUGA